AAUACUUGCGUGUGUGUGUGAGUGAUGUCUCUUUUCCUCCGCCAUUAAAUUUCAUUUUAGCCGAGAAUUGAAAUAGGUCGUACCUUUCUUAAAUCGGCAAAAAUCUUCAUAAUCUUUUCCCUUUUAAUAAUUAUAUUCAGUCAUAUUCCGCGGAAAAACAUCAUAUCCGAUGGCAGACAGAGACACAGAUGAGUUAAACAUCGAUAAUGUUAUAAAAAAAUUAUUAAAAGUACGAGGCGAGAAGCCUGGUAUGAAUGUACAGUUGACAGAAAUAGAGAUCAAAGGGCUAUGCUUAAAAUCGCGGGAAAUAUUCUUAUCGCAACCGAUAUUACUUGAAUUGGAAGCCCCGUUAAAAAUUUGCGGAGAUAUUCACGGACAGUACUACGACCUGCUGAGGUUGUUCGAGUAUGGCGGGUUCCCACCAGAGUCCAACUACCUGUUCCUCGGAGAUUACGUUGACCGUGGCAAGCAGUCCCUAGAGACCAUCUGCUUGCUGCUCGCAUACAAGAUCAAAUACCCAGAGAACUUCUUCCUAUUACGAGGAAACCAUGAGUGUGCUAGCAUUAAUAGAAUUUAUGGAUUCUACGAUGAAUGCAAAAGGAGGUAUAACAUCAAGUUAUGGAAAACAUUCACAGAUUGCUUCAAUUGUCUGCCUGUAGCUGCAAUAGUUGACGAGAAAAUCUUCUGCUGCCACGGUGGUCUAUCACCCGACCUGCAGGCGAUGGAACAGAUCCGGCGGAUCAUGCGGCCCACCGAUGUCCCCGACCAGGGUCUGCUCUGCGACCUGCUGUGGUCCGACCCCGACAAGGACACCGCCGGGUGGGGCGAGAACGACCGCGGGGUCAGCUUUACCUUCGGCACAGAGGUGGUCGGCAAGUUCUUAUCGAAGCACGAGUUCGACCUGAUCUGCCGCGCUCACCAGGUCGUAGAGGAUGGAUACGAGUUCUUCGCCAAGCGGCAGCUGGUGACGCUCUUCUCGGCGCCCAACUACUGCGGAGAGUUUGAUAACGCAGGUGCCCUGAUGUCCGUGGACGAGACCCUGAUGUGCUCGUUCCAGAUCCUGAAGCCGGCGGACAAACGCAAACUGUACUCCGGACUGAACAUGGGCCGCCCCAACACGCCGCCGCGGGCCCAGCCCAAGAACAAAAAGAACUAAUCGCCCGCUGCCGCCGACGACUUGCAUGGAUUCCCACUAAACCAUCGUACGGACCGCCCCCCGUUGACAGUUGCAACUCGAAUCGCUUCGAUAUGCUUCCAAACAUGACGCGUCGCUUCCACUAGAUAGAGACACCGACGAAGUAUCGAUACCUUUCAUUAUCGAGUACUUUUCUCUCGAUAUCGAUACAAAAGUUAUCGAUGAACUCGUAAACGCAUACUUAUAAUAUCGGUAGUUUCGUACGCAAUACUUUUAUUGUGGUACAAGUUAGUGUU